UCCAACAUAAAGGUUCUUAGUAGGAAAAAAUAAUUCUAAUUUUGUUUUUUCUUCUUCUUUUGGGGCCAAAAGAGACCAGAUUAACGUUUGGUUUCUUCAAAGGCCAAACCUUUUGUUCUUAUUUUUUUUUUCUCAGGAAACCCUUUUGCCAUCUUGGUUUCCAAUCCAUGAAACUGGAGUAACCAAUAAUCUUCUUGUAGUAUCAAUCAGAAAGAUACAUAAAAACAUAUACGUUAUAACAAUGAAACUGAAUUGCUUGUUAUGUUGCAUGUCCGAGAGGCGUUUUACCAGACGAUCAUCAUCGAGACCAAGCAUCAAAGACUGCAUUCAUGCAAAUAACAAUCUUUCUAGAUUUGACAACAUCUCUUUUAAAACAGAUAGCAGUAGGCGAAGAUACAUAUCAGAGGAGAUAGCAAAACUCGGGAAAGGGAACAUCAGUGCUCAGAUCUUUACGUUCAGAGAGCUCAGUGUCGCCACCAAGAACUUUGAUCCCGAGAAUCAGCUCGGUGAAGGCGGUUUCGGAAGGGUUUACAAAGGGCACAUAGAAAACCCUGAAAAGGUUGUUGCUGUUAAGCAGCUAGACAGGAAUGGCUACCAAGGAAACAGAGAGUUCCUUGUUGAAGUCAUGCUGUUGAGUCUCUUGCAUCAUCAAAACCUUGUCAAUUUGGUUGGAUAUUGCGCAGACGGUGAUCAACGGAUACUUGUCUAUGAAUAUAUGCAAAAUGGCUCGUUAGAAGAUCACCUUCUCGAAUUGGUGCGGAACAAGAAGAAACCGUUGGAUUGGGACACAAGGAUGAAAAUUGCAUCAGGUGCAGCUAGAGGGCUCGAGUAUCUACACGAAACGGCUGAUCCUCCUGUGAUCUACAGAGACUUCAAGGCCUCAAACAUAUUACUUGACGAAGACUUCAACCCAAAGCUUUCAGAUUUCGGUUUAGCUAAAGUUGGUCCGACCGGUGGAGAGACUCAUGUGUCGACGAGAGUGAUGGGAACGUACGGCUACUGUGCCCCUGAGUAUGCUCUCACGGGACAGCUCACAGUUAAAUCCGAUGUUUACAGCUUCGGAGUCGUGUUCUUGGAAAUGAUCACAGGGAGAAGAGUCAUCGACACCACGAAACCAACUCAAGAACAGAAUCUAGUGACUUGGGCGAGUCCGUUGUUUAAAGAUAGGAGAAAGUUCACGUUGAUGGCGGAUCCGUUGCUUGAAGGGAAGUAUCCGGUCAAAGGAUUGUAUCAAGCGCUUGCAGUUGCAGCAAUGUGUCUUCAAGAAGAUGCGGAAACGAGGCCGAUGAUGAGCGAUGUAGUCACUGCGCUUGAGUUCUUAGGAACGAACAAAGGCGAAGAGAAUAAUGAAAUAGAUAACAAGAACAAAGAAAGAGAAGAUGAAAGAUCUAUGCUUUAAGCAUUUUCUUAAUGUCUUGAUAAUACGUUGCACAAAUCUGUAAAACAUCAUCAUGGAAUCAGGUUUUGGAGUUACAACAACCAUUAUCAUGCACAAAUUUGCGUAAGAAAAUAGAGAAAGGGUCUGCAGCAUAAAGAGAAUUCUCAAGCAGUAUUCCAACUACAUGGGGAUGCUUACGGUUGAAGGUACCUAUACUUUUGAAAUUAGUAGCCUAAAGAGACAAGCCUAAGCUCGAGGAGCUUCUUAGAGCCGGCGCUGACUUCACAGUUCAAGACGCUGAUGGAAGAAACCGCUCUUGACAGAUCAAGCAGCGAGCAGAUCCGUGAUGUGAUUCUUGGAUCACUCACUCAAAAGGCUUGACAAAAAUCUUCAAUAGCCUCUUCUUACAGAGAAGUCAUGUCUGUUUUUUGGUACCUACUUGGUAAAUCUCAGUUCUGUCUCGAUGUGUUUCUUUUAAGUUUGGUCCAACAAUGUCUAAAGAUGCUGCAGCUUUUCAUUACCAAAAAGCCAACUUUUUUCUCUUAGCAAAGGGUCAACUUAGA